AUGGCUAUCAUGAAAUUCCUCCUCCCAGCCCUGGCCAUCGCUGGCAUGGCUGCUGCUGCUGACUGCGACGGCCAAACCAUUCAGAAUCAGGGCGACGCCGAUGGCCUUGCUUCUUGCAAGACUAUCGAUGGUGACCUUGAAAUCUCGUCCAGAGUUUCCGGAACAAUCUCGAUCGAUGGCGUCGAACGCAUCACCGGAAAGCUUACCUGCAAGGGUGCCGUGAACAUGACUGAGCUCAGUGCUGCAAAGCUGGCUAAAAUCGAAGAUGCGUUCAUGCUCAGUGGCCUCACCACCUUGGCUACCCUCAAGUUCGAUGCCCUCACUGAAGUUGACAGCAUCAACUUCGAAGCCCUUCCGCGACUCCAGCAACUUAGCUUCACCAAAGGAGUUACCAAAGCUGGCAGCGUUCGCAUUACCAAUACCGAUCUCGUCAACCUCAAUGGUAUCGAUUUGGAGACUGUUGGAGACUUCGACGUUAGCAACAACCCUCACCUUACUGAGGUUAACGUCAACAAGAUCACCAAUGCCACUGGUUUUGUGAGCUUCUCUGCCAACCACAGGGACCUCAAGAUCAAGUUCCCCAAUCUCGAGAAUGCUUUGAACAUGACUUUCCGCAAUGCCAGCGACGUUUCUCUCCCCUCUCUCAAGAAAACCACCGGCCUGAUCGGAUUUUACUCCAACUACUUUGAAGACUUUGCCGCUCCCAACUUGACUACUACCGGCGACCUCGUCAUCAACGAUAACUCGAUGUUGGCUAACAUCUCCUUUCCCCAAUUGGAAACCGUGCGAGGUGCCUUCCAGAUUGCCAACAACACCAACCUCAAGUCGGUUACUGAGGUUCCCAAAUUGAAGACCAUCACUGGUGCUUUGGACUUUACUGGUAACUUCUCUGAGGUCGAACUUCCAGAAUUGAAAGAAGUCCGUGGUCAAUUCAACAUGCAAAGCUCUGGCAAACUCAACUGCGAUCCCAUCAAGGAAAACGUGAAGCCAAACGUCCGCGGAACAUUCACCUGUCUCGGUGAUGUGGAUGAUCCUCAAACCCGCAACCCUACCUCCACUGGCUCCAACCCAAGCAGGUCCUCUGGUGCGGCCCUCUCUGGCUAUGUUCCCCCAAGCGGCAUGACAAUCCUGGCUCUUAUUGGAGCCGUUAUCCGCGCGGCGCUGUGA